AGCUGUUGUAUAGAUGAAGUGGCAGCAGAGCAUGUGAACGCAGACUUGAUCAUCCAUUAUGGUAGAGCUUGUUUAAGCCAGUGAGUGUCAACUCAGCCUGUUACCUUAGAUAGUGGGUGGCUCGAGAACUAACAGCUGAGACUUCUAGAAGAGGUCAUGUUUCAGGUUAUGGGAAGUACAUUGUAUGACCUUUAUUAGUUCACAAUUCUCUAGAAGGGGUUUUAAUGUUAAUGUAACAGCUAUUUAAGGGGGUCACAGGUCGUAGUUUUCUAACAACGCUCUGAUAGCUAUUAUCAAACAUGCUUGGUGCCAUUGUUGCUUGUCUUACACUGUAUGUCCCUUUUUGAUGGUACUUUACCAUUAUUGUUAGAAACUGAAGGAAAAACUAAUGGAGGUUGUCAUUUGUAGCAAUUUUAUUUUACGUGCUUAUUCUUCAUUGAGGGCUAUGGUAUUCAAAAUCAGGAACCCAAAUGGAAUUCAAACUCCAGGCCUUUUACUUUGCAAUAUUGUUUCAUUCAGCAGCACUGUGACUUUGACUAUUUGGCAACAUACUACUCCCAGAACACAGUGUUACAACAAGGCGAAAUUUGAUGCACAGGCCACCCCUUUAAAAAAUCAUUUGGAUAGAGGUUUAUUCACAUGAACAGACACAUCUACUUUAAUUCAUGGCCUAUCCACUGUUUUCCUACCAAAGGUUGCCCAGUGCUCAUAAAUUUAAGGGUGGCAGCUAAGUUAACAAGGAUUAUAUUUUGUAAAUUGUUCUUUUAUUAGGACUAGAAGGCUUCCAGUGUUGCAUGUAUUUGGUAAAUGGCCAAUCAGCAUUCAGAAUUGUUCAGAGCAGUUUCGACAGAUGUUCCCAGAUCCUUGUGUUAAGGUGCUGGUGUUUUGUGAUGUAAUGUACAGUCACUGUAUUGGUAGGUAUACUCAUUAAUACUCUAUCUCCCGUAUAUCCUUUAAAAUGGUGUUAACCCAUUCGCCCCUGAACCGCCCGUGCAGAUCCACGUCCUUUCUACCCUCUGUGACGUCAUCAGUUUUAACGGUCAAGGACAACUUUGUCCGCUAACUUGUGCAGAGUGAAGAGAUCUUUCAAACCAUACCAGAAUGAGCACAAUUCAGUNUGAUGUAAUGUACAGUCACUGUAUUGGUAGGUAUACUCAUUAAUACUCUAUCUCCCGUAUAUCCUUUAAAAUGGUGUUAACCCAUUCGCCCCUGAACCGCCCGUGCAGAUCCACGUCCUUUCUACCCUCUGUGACGUCAUCAGUUUUAACGGUCAAGGACAACUUUGUCCGCUAACUUGUGCAGAGUGAAGAGAUCUUUCAAACCAUACCAGAAUGAGCACAAUUCAGUCAAGGACACCGGAGAAAGAGGCAAAAAACCAUGUAACAUUGACCUGAAAAUCUCCAAUCUCCAUCUGGAUCAGAAGGCCAUCAAGUGUACGACCUGUAAACUGGUUUGUGGUAAGUUUUAGCUCUUUAUAGCACGACCGUGACCAGAAAACCACUUGACUAGCUUUAAAACGCGUUUUUUGGCAAAAUCUCCAGGAGCGAAUGGGUUAAAGUGCUGGGAUUAAUUUGCAGCUGCAGAUAUAGGUGAGGGUUCCCAGUAUUAGGGUUAGGGUUAAGCUUCAAGUUACAGGAGCUUUAGUUAGACCCGCAACACAAAUAAUAUUGAAUCCUCCAAUCUGAAACUGGAUUGUUUGAAGUGUUCUGUCACCAAGGUUUCUAUUGAAAAGUAGUUUAUUUAAAAAAAUUAGUCCGUAAAAGGUCUCCUUGAGCCUUAGAAAGUGGAGGAAAAUUGACAUUUUAAAAUAUGAGUUUUAAGGGCCUAUACAAACUGUACAAACCUAUACAAACAAGUGUAUUGUAAAGCCAAAAGUGGAACUGUCUGAGGAAAUGGAGUUGAGAGGGCUGUCAAAGGUCAGAAAAUAUUUCCAGCUUCCAAGUGUGCAAUAGUAUAAUAGUGCCAUGAAACCAAUGGACACACCCUCUUGAUAGAAAUGGAUUCCUCAUUAAAAGGCUUUUAUGAUGCAUCCAGUUCAUAUGUGCAAGGGAUGGUUUAUAAAAAGAAAAUUAUUGACUUUGAAAAAGUUCCCGCCUUGGGUCAAAUGAAACAGGAUGUGUCAAUGGGCUAGUUGUGCGUGUCAGUGAAUGUUUAACAUGUGACUAGAAUAUUUCUGAAUUUAUGUUAUUAUGUCAUAUGGAUGCCUAGCGUGCAAGAGUAGAUGCCGAAAAGGGUGUCUGCUCUCAUAGGCAAAUGGUUGCCAGCUAGUAUUUUAUAUUUUCUUAUUAUUGAGGCAAACAUUAUGACAUCAUAAAAAUCUUUCAAAAUUCCUUCCUAUUAAUUUUUUUAUUAUUUCAUUCAAUAUUAAGUAGUGCUUGUCUUGUCAAUUUAGUAACAUCUACAGCUGAAUUUGUGUUUAUUUUUUUACUUGUUUCAGGAGAAUUAGAGAAGUCUAUCAAAGGUUGUUAUCCAAACAUAAUAUUUUCCAAGCUGGUGUAUUCCACUUUUGAAAAUGAACUCAAAGGAGAAAAUUCUGCAGACACAACAAAGAUGAAUGAGAUGCAUUCUGUUGAGGGCAAGGGUGAACAAGGUGAUACCAAGAAACGUGAGAAAAAUUACUUUAACAAGUGAGUAAUGGAUGCAUACUUCUCAAAAGUCAAAAUAAAUAAUUCUUUUCUGUGAAGGAGAUCUGAAUUUACCAGUGCUAGAAAAUUUUGCAAACAAGUUUUAGUUUUUUUCAAGAAUUACUAGCAUUUAAGAGUCUAAAUCUUACACUUGACACAGUGCUUUGUGAAUGUUCAUAACAAUAUAUAGCCCUAAGUGCUCUUUCUUGGAUAUGUGCUAAUCAUCUAGUCUCGCUAACACGGCAAAAAUGCCACAUGAGAUGACAGUAAGUUAAAUACAGGAGAACAGCUGCCUUAUAUAUCUGUAACUUAUAAAGGAAGCCUGUAGUAGUUCUCAUCUGUCUUGUAGGUUUGGACGUGAAUUUAGGCUUCCAUUGGAGACGCAGUUAGAGGAUUACAGUAUGUUUUAUAUUGGUGGUGAAAGUUUGUGUUUAACAAACUUAAUGAUGUUCUAUAACAAAUGUCAGGUAUGUUGAAGACUUUAAGUGUUAUUAUUUUGAACUAAUAUUUUGAAAUUAGUAUUAAGAAAUUAUUAGCCUGUACACAGACGUUGUUUCAUUUUUCUUUUCAUGUUCUUUGCAAAAGCAUCGGCGAGCCCUUGUGCUGGCUGUAAAUAAAUCCCAUGGUUUAUAUUUUAUCAACUGCACUCGACGGCCUUUAAAGAGAAAAUAGAAGGUCUGUGAACAGGCUAAGAAAUUAUUAAUUCUAUAACGUAAUGAUUUGAUUAUCUUGAAAAAGUAAUACAGGAAGCAAAGAUUCUUCUUAGACUGAGAUAGCCAGUAAUCAGUUUAUGGGUAAUUAAGUGGCCAUAAUCAUUCACAAAUAAAUUCUUUGAGAUUGUCUUGGUAUGAGUUUUCUUGCAAGUGUAAUUAAGUGGCUAAAUUGACACUAAUUUAGGAUCAUUGAAUGUAUUUUUAAAGACAAAAACAAUGACUCACUGGGCAAAGUUUCUGGAACACCAAGGAAACAGCCUGUUUCUAACCUGCCUCAGCUUGGGAACUUAAUGAAGGGUUUAAUUUACAGGUGUUACUCACAUCUUAACUCCUAUUCUGUACCCUGCAGGUUAGUAGUGUGCUGAUCCUUGAUUGCAGUCGAUCAUAAAAAUCAAAAUCUUAGACCGACGCAAUAAUUGAUUAUGGCAGGAGAAAACUAAAAUUUGCUGUUGGCAAAUGAACAUGUUAGAAAUUUGUGCGUUUUCUUUCUAAUGGUCACACAAUUAAGGAGGAAAGAGAAUUUGAUCACCUGAAAUCAAAGAAACAAUUCUGAACUCCAGGUGAGGAUCAAACUGACAACGCUCCAAGUUCUAGAUCAGACGCUCUCAUGGCUGAGCAGCUACAGGAAACCUAUGGCAAGCAGGGAGAAAUUAAUCCACUGAUGUCCGCUAACUGAUAUAUUUGGUACAUUUCUGCUUUGUUCUAAAACAUGUUAUAGGGGCCAUCCACAUCCUAAAUAAAAUUCUUGUAAGAAAAUUUCCGAUUAUUAUCAAUUUUCAAUUUGGGCUUCUCAUUCUGACGAUUUCCAAUGUUAUGAAAUGUCCGUGUAUUCCCAACACUACUGUAGGUACAGCCCCACCUACACCCUGCAAACUGAACCCUUAGAGGAUAAUGUUUCUGUUACUUUGUUUCUAUCGUAGUUUUAUUCAUAUGAUGCCAUUACUGAUGUAGGAAGGAAGGAGAUGGUUAGUGUUAAUAAAGCUCUCAUGAAAAGGUGGGUAACUUGGUGCUUAGCAUUGCUGAAAGACUUGUAAUCUUUUCUACCACAAACUUCAAACCUCCUUAUUGUGGAUACCAAAAGAGAGAGCCAACUUUCCACACUACAGAGGCGUGCUUGUAUAGAAAUAGGAACUGUGUGAGAAUUGCUUCCUUUGGAACAAAUAAAACCAUCCAUGAUAGGGAGAUCAUCCAUAUUAUGCAGGUGUCCAUAAGAAGAGAUUCGACUGUCUUCAAUGUAAAAAUCCUUAAUGACUGUGCCCAAAUAAUGAAAUGAUUGCUUCUUCAACGGCUAAGGUCUUUAACAUUAACUUUGUAGACUGCUAUUUUUAUGCUAGUUAAAAUUAGUUCUGGUAAUGAAGGGCUAAAGGUGUACAACCUAAACUUUCCUUGUCUAAUAUAAAUAGGUAUUAUAUGAUUGAGAGAGCUAAGGAUGCACAAGUGAUUGGAAUCGUAGUUGGAACACUAGGUGUAGGUAAAUAUGGCUUAUUAUUCUAGUGAUAAAAUGUAAAUUAUAGCAAUUUGAUUAUAUCAACAAUUCAGAGACAAAGAGCCACUUGUUGUGUUCUCCAGAAAAUUUAAAAGAGAAGGAGUAAAAAAUUAAGUAGAUGGCAAAAGAGUAGCUCCAUUGAAAUAGGGAGUGCCUGCAAUGUGGUACAGCUGCAUAUUAUGGGUUAGGCAUGGGAGGGAUUUGCCUCCCUUAAAUUGGGGAGUUUUAAUUUUGGAGAACCUGGAAAGUGACUUUUAGUACAUUUUGAAUGACCAGACUACAAAUUUUAGCUAGCCAUGAGGUUAGCUCCUUUAUAUACCCACAUUUACUUUUAUUUUAUAUAUCAUAUGUUUGUUUUUAUUGAACAAAAGUCUUGAGAAACAAAUAAUAUGGAUUUAUUUAUUUGCAGUUAAAAGUUAUUUUCUCUGAUUUGCUGGCGCUUCUGUGUUUGGUGAUUUUCACCAAUUGCCAAACCCUUGUAAAUAAUUUGCAAAAGAAAAACUUGUUAGUUUGUAAAUUAAUAUAUUAAACAUCAAAUGGUUGCUGAUCAUGGUCAUGUCUUUUUCCACAGCUGAUUACUUACAAUCAAUUGAACGACUUAAAAAGGUUAUAAAGUUGGCAGGAAAAAAGGUACCUUCCACUUGAUUGAAAAGGGAUUUCUAAGAGAUAAUCAUAUUGCCAUUAUUUUAUAUUUCGUAUCUCAAGAUUGUUUUGUUAUCAAGAUAGGACUUUCUGUAAAGUAUCAUAAAUUUAACUAUGUAUUCAUGAUAGCUAUAAAUCUGCAAUAGCUUUGCAUUUACUUUCUCAAGAAUUUUUACAUUCACUGCAUGUGUUGGCCAUUAAAUGCACCUGUAGAAUCUAUACUAAAUUGUGGUUUUAGUUCUUUGUUCUGUAAACUGUGAAGCCUUCUUUUCAGUCUUUCAAACCACCCUUUUAGUUUCGUUUUAUUACAGAAUGAUAUGUAUUUAAAUGCAAUUGCCUACAUUUUAUUGUCUAUACCAUCGUGCCACAUAACCUUGUUUGAUCCACUUGUGAAACAAAAAUUAGUUUUGUUCUUAUCAACUGAUUUACAACUGCAUCAGUUAAGAUAACACAUAUGGGUAUAUCGGUUUAAUUUCUUUUUCUAUGGAGUCAUAAAAGGGCAAUUUUUGUGAUGGGUAAAUGCUUUUCCUUUCUCAUUAUCUUUGACAUCUCCCACCCAAGAAAUUUCUUUAUUUUUGACGUUUUUUAAAUUGUUUGUUAAUAGUCUUAUCUGUUCGUCAUGGGGAAGCUGAAUGUAGCAAAAAUGGCCAACUUCAUGGAGAUUGAUGUUUUUGUGUUAGUAGCCUGUGCUGAAAAUACUCUUAUCGAUUCUAAGGUAUUUAUAAAUAUUUUAUUUAUUAACAAUAACAAUAAGAGGUUCCUUACACAGUUUGUAUAAUUCAGUGGGAUAUCUGCAAUGCAAUUAUAGAUUUUGCUAAACUAAGGGCGGCAGUUUCCAUCUGUCAGAACUGACAGGCCAGACCUUUCCCGACGUAACGAGAAUCUCACUUUUAAUCAAAACUAUCCAGCCAGAUCAGUCAAAUCUUAAGUAUGCACGAGGGAAAUGGUUUUUCAGCAAAAGCCCUUGGAGAAAGCUUAUUUCAUUUUCAGAAUAACUGGUCCAGCCAUGGUGCGGCCGGUCAGUUCUAACUUUUGGAAAGUGCCCAAAGACCAAGAGCCAUAAUGGGAUUUGCAAAGUUUAAACGCACUUCUAAGUGUUCUUUUUUAUCACUCAACUGUUGUAAUAUAAAAUUCCCAUUAUCUACUUUUACUGGUAUUAUGUUAAAAGAAAAUUUUUUGGCGUAUUACGUUUUGCUUCAAACUAAACAAGCAAAUCAAUGAUAAUAUUUUAAAGAACUUAUAGUCACAAAUACCCACACCGCUAAAUGCUAUAAAUCAUUAAUAUUAAAAGAAUAAUUAGCAAAUAAAAAGAUAAACUUUUAUUAGUCUAAGGCAAACGUACAACAGAAACGUAAGGUCAAAUCAAGUGGAACAUGUUCGGUUGCUUUUGUUAUAAGUUAUUGUAAGUGAUAGUGAUAAUAAUUUAUUAUUAUAAGUUUUGUUAUUUAUUUCCGGCGUCCUCAAGAAUAAAAGUAUUCAUAUUUUUUUCUCGGGUUACUCUUAUUCAAUGUUUGUUGAGUUCUCACAUUUCAUUAAACAGGAAUUCUACAAACCAAUAGUAACACCUUUUGAAAUGGAAUUAGCUUGUAUAAGGUAGGAUUGAUAACAACUGCAAGCCAUUUUUGUAUCUGAGUGAAGAGCACGUUUCUUUGAUUCUUGCGAAGCUUGCUUCUCCCUUUUUUUACCCCAACAGAAAUUUAAAGUAAAGCUCACCGCAUGGGCGACCUGUUUACUGUGCAGUAUAUUAAAAUGGUCGAAUUGUUCAUAUUAACUGAGUAAAUAACACAUUUUCUUGAAUUAUUACGAAACUUGUUUUCCUCUUUUACUCCUCUAAAAGAGUCACUCGUCAGAAUAUUGUAUUCAUGGGACCUUGACAAGGUCUGCCUAUGCUAUUGGCCUGCAAAAGAACAGGAGCUUCAGUCUCUUUCGAGUAAACAGGAAUACAUUUUACUUUUUAAAAAUAUCUGGACAAAAUUCAAUGGUUUGACUAUUCAAUAAAACCAUCUUGGCAGUUACUGAUCAGUAUUUUCACUUUGCGCAGUUGCAAAAUUCGGAAUAUAAAUCUUUAUUCUUAACUACUCUCAACAUGCAUGAAAGCUAAUUAAGUUCGAUAUUAUUAUAAAUUACAACAACUGAAGCAGGUGCGAUUUAUCGUCUGUUUAUUCAAAUUGUUAGGGACCGGGAAUGGACAGGGGAUUAUAUCACUGAUUUUAGAGAUCUCUUACCAGGU